CUUCAUUGCGUCGCUCAUCUGUUUUGCAUCAUGGUCCGCACGUCGGUGCUCGGCGCUGCCACGACGCUCUUGCUGGCGCUACAGGCCGCCGACGCCAUGUUCGACUCCAACCAGGUGUGCGAUGCGCGCAGUGACAUCUGCGCCAAGAAGGGCAAGGUCCUUGCGCCCAAGCGCGACUACAAGAUCUGGGCCAACGGCUGUGGCACCGAGUCGAUGGGCUUCCAGGUCAUGAACGACGACGGCGUCGACUUCUCGUCCUGCUGCAAUUGGCACGACGCGUGCUAUGGCGUGUGCGGCAUCUCCAAGGCCAUGUGCGAGCGCAAGUUUGAAAAGUGCAUGAAGGACCUCUGCGCCAACGAGAGCGGCGUCGACGCGCAAAAGUCAUGCGACUCGAUGGCCGAGAUCUACGCGAUGGGCCCCAAGCUCAUGGGCUGCCCCGCGUUCACAAAGGCCCAAAAGGAGGCGUGUACGUGCGUCGACAAAGAGAAGCUCGCGGCCAAGAACCGCGCUCGCCUCGAGUACUUUGUUACGACCCAUGCCAACGGCCUCGAGUCGGUCGACACGCUCCUCGAAAAAUACGCUGGCAAGGCACCUGUGAUGUUCUACCGCUUGCUCGGCAAGUACCCAAGUGCGCUCGUCAUCAAGGAAGCGACCAAGACCAAGGAAAGCUCCAUGUUUGAGCGCAUGAAGGCAGACAUUGCCAAAGAAGACAGUGCUGUCGACGAAAACAUCGAGCAUAUUGAGCUUUAAAGAUACUGCAAACGACGCAGGA